AGCAAAUUCUGAAGUACACCCCGAAAUCGCAUCCCGAUUUUGUCAAUCUGACAAACGCACUGGCCACCAUCAAACGAGUAGCCGAUACGAUCAACGAGCGAAAACGCGCCAAACAAUUGGUGGAACAACUGGCAACCAAGGUCACAGGCUGCCCAGAGGUAAGCCACGGUACAACACAGGUGGUGAGUGUGUUGGAUAUAUUGUAG